UCGAAGCCGUAAAUGUGGCAAAAUAUUAGACCGAGCCGGGCAUUCUUCUUGUUCUUCUUUUCUUCACUUUUUUUUCAUGUUUUUAGGCGGAGCGAUAGUGUUACAAAUGAAGACGGCGCGCGUAGAUCGGUUAUUUAUAAUAAGUUUCGUAAUUUUAGUGAGUAAAAACGAUGGGAAGACUGACGAAAAGUGGUGAGGAGGGUGGCGGACGGGGAGGAGGAAAAAGUUUCGCGAACGUGCAGUAUACGAAACUGAAGGACGAUCAGUAUACGGGUAGUUGCGAAAGUUUUUCCGCGCUGGAGGACCGCGAUGGUAUGCCUGGAUUCGACGGGUACAUUUCGUUCAGUUGCAGGCAGUGCGGACAUUUGCAAAUAUUUCAGGGCGAAGAACUAGAAAUGAUUCUUGGCAAAUCCCUUAGGAUGGCCUUUAGGUCUAACAAAAAGGAGCAGCAGAAUGACAGUAAUUUUCAACAAGCGUCUUGUUUCGAGAUGAGCCCGAAUUUUUCAAAGAAUAUUCCAGCUGCUACAGCUCCGUUACCGAACAUCAAACCAUAUGUGGCACCUUUCGAUGCUUCCAUUGGAAUUCCGGUGUUGCCAAGUAGCGACGAGAGUAAUUCUCCCACUCAAAUGAACCAAUUCAAACGGAUCGCCGAAAAGCCCUCCUUAAUGAAGCGGAUAGGGAAAGGGUUCGUACUGAACGGGAGUGACGAGGAAGGGUAUCCCUUAGUUAGCGAGGGUGGAUCCAGUAUACCAGACAGCCAAUCAAAUAUCUCGCUUUUAAACAACGAGCUCCACCAACCUGGAAGCAGCUCAGAAGCAGCCACUAUGAGAAUAGGAGAAGGAGCCUCUCGAAAUCAGCAACCAAAGACUGCAGAAAGCGAAGUUAGCUUUCAAUACAACGAUAGUAUUAGUUCUUUUGAGACACGCGAUAAUAUUAGAACUGACACGAAUAUAUUACAUAGAAGAGAGAAUAAUUUAAGGAUGGCCCCCUGGUAUCAAGAAGGUAUUCCUCGGGAAAUAGCUUUGGAAAUCUUAUCGCAGGAACCGAUCGGGGCUUUCAUGGUAAGAAGAAGCACCACUAAAAUAGGAUGUUUUGCAUUGAGCGUGCGGGUACCUCGCAGUUUUCAACCCAGAGGAAUCGCCCAUUAUUUAAUUAUGAAAACGAAUAGAGGCUAUCGAAUAAAAGGUUUUACCAAAGACUUUCCAUCCCUAGGAUCCCUUAUAGCACAUCACUCAGUUAUGCCAGAGUUGCUCCCUUGCCCUUUGUCCCUUAGUAGAUAUCACCCUAUUUGUGUGAUAUCGGAUUGCCGUAGGGAUUUCGCUGAUAUUGAGCCCGAACCAGACGGAUGACUGAAGAGGAAGUAAUCUUAAAAUAAUAUAUACUCACUUAGAGUAGACGCAAUUCAAAUAUUCAUGAUAAAAUAUUAAUUUAUUAUUAUUAAGUAAUUUGGUUAAUUUAGUGAUUGGACCAAUUUUAUCAAAGUGACUGAACCAUGUUUAAUAUAUAUAUAUUAUGCUUUUAUGUUGUUUUAUCUUAGAUUAUUGUAUAAUUUGCUUCUUGAGGCUGUGGAAAACUUGCUUUGGAUCGUUAAAAAAAUUAACCUAAGACUUCUAGUCUAAGAGAAUUAUGUAUGAUUUAUUAAUAUUAAUAGGCAAUUCUUUUAUAGGUUAAGAAUAAAAUGUUAAAACAACGCAAUUCAUUUAACGUAAGCAUAAUAAAAAUAAAGAAAAUUGUUGAUGAUAAUGA